GGAGGCGUCACAUCGUUGAUGAGAGAGCCUAACAACAACAGACAGACCCGGCAGGAGUGUAGAAACACAUUUCUUUUUAUAUUUUACAUCUCUAGAAGAAGUUCUUUUGUUUUACUGUUAUGAUAUUUUGAUAGAGUUUAAAAAGAAGAACAUUGUUUUUUCUUUUCUUUUCGUCAGACGUGCUCACUGAAUGGGACUAAAAAGGUUACUCAUUGUGUCUGGGUAAGAGCUAUUUCUUCCGGUUCAACCAUCCUGAGGAGGCAAGCAGAAUGAAAAGCAUGCUUCCACAAAAGAGCCCUGUGUCAGCUUUAGCCUACAAUACAGACUACCUGAAGUUUAGCAGUGACUAUAGCCAUGCUGUGGUUGGUGGGACCAGCAGUGCGAGGGGCAUGCGUUCAGCCUCCGAACUCCGGGAUUUGAUGGACACCCUGCAGCGUAAGAAAAUUGCCCUGGAGAACAGCCUGAGAGCCAACGGGAAUGCCAACCCCUCCUACUUCAGCAUGACACAGUCUCCCCCCACUACACCUAUUGCAUCACCUGGCAUCUCAUCUUCAUCAGCCUAUCAAGAACAGGCAAGACGUUUCUAUGGCACAGAUCGUCCCCCCAUGUCAAUGAAAUGCAAUCCCCCUCUUUCCUCUUCCCGACGAUCGGACCCUUCCUCUUCUAUGGGCUCCCGCACGUCCAUUGGUCGUAAUCAGGACAACUUUGGCAUCAGUGAUAACCGACGGCUGCACAACCCGGGCUCCUCUACUUUACUCUCUACAUGGAAUGGCGGAGGCUCCUCCACCUCUGUUGCUGGUAGUGAUAGCUUUCUCCUCUCUCUUCCUCCCGCAUCCUCUUCAUCCCGCACUCCAUCAGCAGGAGGUGCAACUAGUAUGCCCUCAAGCCCCCGUCUUGGACGCCGUAGCUAUGGCAAUCCAGAGCCAUCACCAAGCAGUCGAACCAGGAAAUACUCGGCAGGCUCACUGAGUGGGAUGAUGUCAGGAGGACAUAGCCGCUCACUGCCACGCCUCUGCCCCUCCCCAUCUCCCCGUGACACCAACAAUGGACUGUUGACCUUGUCAACGUUGCCCCCGCGUCGGUCUGACAUUUCUGGGUCUUACAGACAUAGCAAAGACCAUUACAACAACAAUAACAGCCUAAAUGCCAGCCCUGACCUCAACCACAACUCCAGUAACUCUAGCCAGCAGUCCUCCAACAGGAAUCAAAUCCAGGCCACAUCUCAGGGAGAAGGUGUUGUGUCUAUCUCCCUCUCCUCUCCUAAGAACAUGUCCUCCACCACCAACCCUAUCUCCUCCACAACUGCCCCACCUGAUGUGACUAUCCCGUCCAGGGCAGGGGGCUCCUCUUCCCCUCGUGUGGCCAAAAAACUCAGCUUGACUUCCACAAGCUCAGUGGGCUCUAUCAGCUCCACAAGUUCCAGUCCUCCAGAACCGGAGCGGCUGGCCAGCCGUGGUUUCUCCAAAGGAAUGGAGCUGUCUUUUGGAGAGAGGGAGAGGCGUGAGGUAGGCCUUGAACUCACUGGUUCCUCAGGGCUUGGACUUGGAGAAAGGAGGUCUUCAUUUGGAAAGGCAGGACUAGAACCUGGGAUAGGCCUUGGGGAGAGAAGGCAGUCAUUUGGAAAAGCUGGAGUGACCCCACCAGGGGGUUUCAGGGAAAGAAGGGGGAGUAUCAGCUCGCUGAGUGGGAAGGAGGAACUGACUGACUACCAUCAUCGCCAAAAAGAGGAGAGACUCCGUGAGCAGGAGGUGGAGAGACUGGAACGACAGCGUCUAGAGACCAUCUUGUCUUUGUGUACGGAGCUCGGCCGGACUGAGAGGGAUGGAGGCAGCACGACUACGAGUCCCACAUCUGCUGUGGCGGACCUCCAAAAGAUCAACCAGGAGCUUGAGAAACUCCAACUGAAUGAUGACGAUGAUGAUACACCAUCUGUCUUUUCUGACUCUUCAGCUCUUAAUGGAAUGACAGGAAAUGGACACCUGACCUCACCUGGAUCAGAGUAUAGUUACUAUGAUGACGAUCUACAGGUACGACGGAGGCGCAGCAGCGGUACCCGAGACAACAGGGCAGAGUCACCUGCUAUCAGCCUGCGAAGCUUUGCCCCCUCACCCUCUCCACGUGCACAGAGGACCAAUGAGGCAUUUGACGAUGCAAUUCGUCGCCAUGAACAGGAUGUGAGGCCUUCAGAGGAGGAUGUGAGGCGUGUGGAAGAGGACAGGAUUCAGGUGCUAAACAACAUGGAGGAGCUGGAGCAAAAGAUCAAAGAGCUGGACAAUCAAGUGGAGGAAUCUGCCCGAGAGGUGGAGGUUGAGCGAGCUCUGGUGGAUGCUGAGCAGGAGUCAGAGGUAGCUGCUCUCCAACAGGAAAAAGACGCUCUGGAAGCACUUCACAGCAAGAUAGCUGACCUAGAGACCAAGUCCAAGCAGGAAAAAGAAAAGGACUGUGAAGUACUCGAGGCAGAGACAAAGCGGUUUGAGGACUUGGAGUUCCAGCAGCUGGAGAGAGAGAGCCGGCAGGAUGAAGAGAAGGAGACCCAUACACAGCAGCUUCUUCGGGAGAUUGCUGACUACCAGCGGAGCACUGUCACUCGCAAGGAGCGACUGUUGACUCUGAAGAAGCAGGCAGCACAGAUCACCCAGCAGGCUCAUCGAGAGAAGGAGAGCUUCUUGAAGGAGAGGGGCACCCUCGAAGCAAUGAUGCAAAGGGAGAAAGAACAACUUGCCUCACUGGAAAGAAAAUAUGCCGACCUCACUGGUGGCCGGGGCUUCACUCUAAGAGAGGGCUAUGUCACAGUCAGUGAAAUCAAUGAGCUUUACUCACAGCUUGGGGGGGACCCUAAACCUGCCAAUGUCUCUACUGAAUCCGAUGCAAACCCCUCCCCUGACGACGACAUCUGCAAACCAGCAGAGGAUGAGCAUUUUCGUUUGCUGGAGGAGAGGAGGAGGUCUGAGAAAGAAGGUGGAUCCCAUCUAAGUGACACUUUACCGAGGAAGAAAACCACACCCACCAUGACCCCCCAGUUCACAUGUGCAACACUUGGACGAAACUUCCCUUCCAAGUCUCAUCAGCCCUUGGUACAGAGCACAAGUUGUGGCAGCAUUCUUCCCAGAAUUUUCUCCUUAUCCAGCAAAGAAACAGAAAGUCGACGUCUGUAUAAAGGUCAGUCUAGCUCCCGAGCGGCUUCCCAGACCAAUGUCUACCUCGAUGCCUUCGGGUACCGUGACAACCAGGCCUUUGACACAAUGAGUGUGGAUAGUACGGACUCCAUUGAAACCAGCAUCUCUGCAUGCUCUCCUGACAAUGUUUCCAGUGCCAGUACUUCCAAUGCAGCCAAGCUUGAAGAGAUGGAGCGUCUACUUAGAGAAGCCCAAAUUGAGAAGAGCCGGCUCCUCGAACACAAGGAGCAAGAGAUGGAAAUACGAAAGCAGGCGCUGGAGGAAGAGAAGAAAAGAAGGGAGGAUCUGGAGAAAAGGCUACAAGAGGAGACCAACAGACGACAGAAACUCAUCGACCGUGAGGUGAAACUACGAGAGAAACAGAGGGCACAGUCCCGGCCACUAACACGGUACCUACCCGUGCGCAAGGAUGACUUUGACCUACGGGCUCACAUUGAGUCGGCAGGCCACAGCACAGACACAUGCUUCCACUUGUCCAUCUCUGAAAAGACCUGCAGAGGCUACCUGGUCAAGAUGGGAGGCAAGAUCAAAACCUGGAAGAAGCGCUGGUUCGUCUUUGACCGCAACCGACGCACACUCUCGUAUUAUGCAGACAAGCAUGAAGCCAAGCUGAAAGGAGUGAUCUACUUCCAAGCUAUUGAAGAAGUGUAUUACGACCAUUUGAAGAAUGCACAUAAGAGCCCAAACCCUUGCCUGACCUUCAGUGUGAAGACUCACGACAGGGUCUACUACAUGGUUGCUCCCUCUCCUGAGGCCAUGAGGAUCUGGAUGGAUGUAAUCGUCACAGGUGCUGAGGGAUACACACAGUUUAUGGUGUAGUGAAAGGGUGGUGGUUGCGGGAUUUGCCAGCGUGCUGCGGCUGCCAGGAUGACACUCCGAUCCUGUCUUUGUGGCUUUAAAGACUAAGUUAUAUUGUUUUGUUUGUUUUUUUUAAUCCUUGGAUUUCUGUGUCUGGAUGGAUAAAUAUACAUGGUGAAGGAUUACAACAUGUCCAGUUGUGGAGAGUCAGCAGCCUUGAAUUACUCAGUAUCAUUCUUUAACAUUUGACCUGCUUCAUUUGCAAAAUGGACAGGGUUUACAAUCCUAUGUAGAGCAUUUCAUGUUAAAUUGAUGGCAGAUACAAUAAAAUAAUUUUAGCAUUUUUAGGAAAUUUAGUCCCAGAAUAUGAACGAAGUCUUAAGUGAGCUGUGCUCUGCUAUUGUGCCUUGAGAUGAGCUCAGGUGUAUUUCGGGGUUUUGCUGAAGUGUAAAGAACAUAAAUGUUUCAUAGAUGCUUAAGUGGCUUUACCCUUAGUACUCUUAGUUUCACAUCACAUCAUCAUCUAGGAAAACAUAGUGAAUGAGCAGUUAUGUUAAGAAGUCUCAUACAAGCCUUAACGACUCUAGUGUGUAAUUCAUGAACUUGACAUCAAUUUCGCCAUAUGUUUAAUCAGUUUAAGACCAUUUUAAAGUGUGUUUUAGUCAUUUUUAGAACUUUUUACAUGUACAUAAAUAAUGCGUAUUGAUUUAUUAAAACAUAGUUAAGCACAUGUAUUUUAAUUUCCAACUUUAUUUGAAUCAUGAUUUAAUUUCAUGUUCCUCAGGUCUUAACAGAGUGCAUGAAUGUGCAUGCAUGCACUAUGUGUGAAUGUAUACACGUGUUCAGAAGUGCCUCUUUCAUGUGUGUACUGUAUGUACACCGAUUACAGUGUGAGCUUGUAAUUUAGCUCCAAGGUGCUAUUAUUAAAUAUUGAAUGACAGUAAUAUUGCAAGCCACACUGUCACAUAAAAGAUUUAAAUUGGGGUGAAAAGAUAUACUCCACAUGUUUAUCAUCUUACUUUGCUUGAAAGUAGUGUCACCACAGGCUCAACCAGCUGUUUGAACUAAAGUGUCAGGCCACUUGUUCUCCUGUAAAAGGAUGGGCGAAAGGAAUAAUGACUGUUACUGAGGCACACGAUUGUGAUAUUUGUACAUUUUGUUUCAAAGUUGUAGUUAGUUAUAAAAUACAAAUUUAUAGUCCAUUGUCAACUUCAGAGUCCUCUUUGUGCCUUUUUAUUAUCAUAACUGUGUGACAGUAUUUUGACAUGCAUAUUAUAUAUAUUUUUAAGAGCUAUAUGUAUCUCUAUAAUCACAGCAAAUCUAAUGUGGAAAUAUGUUCCUGUGUACUUUUGUAUGAAAACCAGGAGUGUUAAAUGGUCUUCUAAGAUGUCAGGUUGACAAAAUCUAUGGUACAUUUACACAUUUAACAGGCAUUUAGACUGAUUAUUGUGCUGCUGAUUAUUGUAUUUUAGUCCAAUAGCUUUCAUUGCAUUGCUAUUAUUACCACAAGUGUAAUGUUUUACUAUUCCACAUUGAUCACUAAAUUAUAUUAUAUUGAAUAUCAUACUCCAUAAUGCAUAAGAAUAUUUCAGCCCACUGAUCUUGUCUCUUGGAAUUGCUUUUUGUUUUGUUGUAUUGACCAAAGUACAUGUACAUGUGUUUCGAUGUAUAUGUGGUUUCUUUGCUUUGAUUUCUUUUUGUUGAAUAAAAUAAAAUCAAAAUUAUGUUUCUACAUGAUAGGGCUUAGUUGUUCCUGUAUUUAGUUUUCUAUUUUUCAUUUUUGUUUUUGAAAACAACAUUUUUAUGUUGAUCCUACUCUAUUUAUGCCAUUACCAGUGCAUGUACCUUGAUUUUGUAUUUCCAUAUGAAUAAUAAAAAUGAUAUAUUUUACUUUUUAUUGGGUUUAUGUUUCAAUAAGUCAGGUUCUGUAUAAUGUUGCCAAAUAAACUACAAUGCUGCUACGGC